AUUUUUCACUAACUCACCGCGCCGGUAGAUUAAUGCAAAAUGGAAAUUGCAUUCUAUUGUUUUUAUUAAAUAAUAUUUAAUACCGAAUACAUAUUUCGCUAUUGCGUAAAACAUAUUCUAACUUAAAAUUCAGUAUAAAUCAUUUACAAUGGCCGAUGAUGGUGAUAAUGUAGCUGUUAUGACAGUUAAGGAACCGCUGGAUUUAAUUAGACUUAGCUUAGAUGAAAGGAUUUACGUUAAAAUGAGAAAUGAACGAGAAUUGCGCGGGAAGUUACAUGCUUAUGAUCAACAUCUAAAUAUGGUAUUGGGUGAUGCUGAGGAAACAAUAACCACUGUUGAAAUAGAUGAAGAAACUUAUGAAGAAGUCUACAGGACAACAAAGAGAAAUAUACCUAUGUUAUUUGUGCGAGGGGAUGGUGUCAUACUUGUUUCACCUCCAGUAAGAGUGGGUGUUUAAUAUAGAACAAAUAAAAUAAAACUUUAUUAUAA